AGCUGACGCUCUAGAGGGCGGAAGCGGUUGUUAUAGCGACCUGAAAGGAGGUGGAAAAAAAUGGCGGCCGAGGCCUUGACAACAGAGGGAGGCCUAGCACCGGGCGGGCCUUUUUUGGAGCGCUACCGAGGCCGGCUUCAGGCUCUACGGCUGGCUCCGGAGGCAGGCCAAUGCCCGGGAGGAGAGAGCGGGCGCCGGACGGAGCUGCACCUGCUCUUCGACCAGCUCCUGUCCGAGAACAGCGGGCCUGGGGCCCAGGCGCCGGCGGAGCUUAGGCCUCAAGACCUUUGCGACUUGUUCGUCCAAGCCUGUAAGCUGGUUCAGCUGAAUCAGGAGCAUCUAGUCAACAAGGUCUGCCAGCUCAUCCAUCAGCUGCUGAACAGAUUCCAGGUUAUAGUGGAUGAAGAAAGCCUGAAGUAUCUGCUGCCCUACUUUAUCUCUGCCUUAGAGCAAUGCAGCACUUGGACGCAUGUUGAAAUCUUGCAGGCUUUGGCAGCUUCUGUCUACAAGAACGGACCCAAGUGUCAAAAGUACUUCCCAGCCUUGCUAGGAAAAGGUGGACUUCUGAUAGAACUCAGCAGCCCGGCUCAAACUGAUGCUGAAGUCAAAAGGGCCGCAGUGCACAGCAUGGCAAACCUCUGCCUCAGCAUACCUGGACAACCAUACUUGGAGGAACCUUACCGAGAGCUCUGUUUUCAGACUUUUCUCAAUGUGUUGCAGUCUUCCAAGGCAGUUGGGGUCGAUGACAUCACUUUUUGUAUGUUGUUACAGAAUGCCUUGAAAGGAAUCCAGUCGCUCUUGAACUGGGGAAAGAUGAAAUUAAAACAGCCGGAUCAGCUUGGUUCCCUUCUUGCUGUGUUAAAGAAGUGUAUGUUCUACGGACUUCCUGGACUGAACAUUGAAAUGCCGCCCAUCUUAUACCCUGCAGUCCUUUCUCAGUAUGACAGCAGGUCACCCGGGAAACAGGAUCAAUCGGAACUGAACAGCAUUAAAGUUAAUGGGUCCAGGAGAAAAAAGCCCAAAGGAAAGCAAAAAGGAGAGCUGGCAGAAGACGAAAACAACACUGAAGAAGGCAGAACAAGGGAAUCAAGUUGCCAUGGAGGCAAGCAGCAGAAUCCUGGUCUGGAUGUCUCCAACCUUUGUCCAUCCUUCGCAAAGGACCACCUGCCCGUCUGCACUCUGGGCUGGAAAAGAAUCAGUAGCAGCGACUCGGAGUAUUCCGAUGCCGAAGGCGGCAUGCAAAGCAAAACAAGGUCCUUCCAAGCAAAGGUUCGCCAAGGGGCGCUGACCUGCUUCCUUUCUACUGUGAAGUCUAUAGAGAAGAAAGUCCUCUUUGGCUAUUGGUCGGCGUUUAUUCCUGACGUGCCCGGAAUCGGAAGCCCACAGUCUGUGUCCUUGAUGACUAUUGCCUUAAAAGAUCCUUCUCCGAAGACCCGAGCCUGUGCUCUUCAGGUUCUCUCGGCCAUCUUGGAAGGCUCCAAGCAGUUCCUUUGCAUCGCGGAGGAUGCGGGUGACCACAAGAGAGCCUUCACGCCUUUCUCGGUUACUCUGGCCACCAGCAUCCGAGAGCUUCAUCGCUGCCUGCUGCUGGCCCUGGUCGCCGAGUCCUCUUCCCAGACCCUCACCCAGAUCAUUAAGUGCCUUGCCAAUCUGGUGCUGAAUGUGCCAUACAGCCGUUUAAAGCCUGGGCUGCUGACAAAAGUCUGGAGUCAGAUCAAGCCGUACAUUCGACAUAAAGAUGUCAAUGUUCGAGUGUCAAGCCUGACGCUGCUCGGUGCCAUAGUCUCUGCUCAAGCCCCGUUGCCAGAAGUGCGCCUCCUUCUGCAGCAGCCGGGCUCACCUGGAUUUGAUGACGGUGCACCCAUCACGCCUGGGGGACCUGAGUGCCAUAGCAAUGCCCCGGGACAGCUCCCUUUGGCCGCAGAGAGUGGCCCUGCAGAGCCCUGUUGGCUUCUCUGCCUCUGUAUGUCUCUGGUCAUUAUUCUGCCCAAGGAGGAGGGCGGCUUGGACAGCGACGGCACCUGCCAGUCAACCACAGGCUUCUGUGAACCAUCGCCAGUUCGGCUGGAGUCCUUACAGGUCUUAGUGCUUCUGGUCAAGGGCUAUUUCUCCGUUGCCCAAAAUUCUUUGCUCGAGCUUGGCAAAGUGGCUUACAAAUGUAUGGAAGAGGCCGAUCCCGCUAUCCAGCUCCAUGGAGCAAAACUCCUUGAUGAACUGGGUGUCGGGAUAAUACAACAGUAUAAGCCGGAUCUAGUGGACGCUCCAGAUCAACGGGUGCCUGUGGACCUGGUUGUAACAUUCUGGACCAGGAUGCUGAAUGGACCAUUACCAGCGGCACUCCAAAACUCCCAGCAUCCAACGCUUCAGACCAGCACCUGCAAUGCGCUCUCCUCCAUCUUACCGGAAGCUUUCAGUGGCCUCCCGGAUGAUAAACAGAUCCUCUGCAUCACCGUCCUCCUUGGACUCAACCACAGUGAGAACCCACUGGUGAAAGCUGCCGCCGCACGAGCCCUUGGGGUUUAUGUGGUCUUCCCAUGCCUUCGGCAGGAUGUCAUGUUUGUCGCUGACACGGCCAAUGCCAUCCUGGACUCACUGGGCGACAGUUCUCCAAAUGUCCGAGCUAAAGCUGCGUGGUCCUUGGGCAACCUGACGGACACUCUGAUCAUCAACAUGGAACUAAUGGGACCAAGCUUCCAGGAUGACUUCUCUGAUCUCCUGUUGCUCAAAAUGUUGUGGUCGGCGACCGUGGCCUCAAAAGACAAAGACAAGGUGAAGAGCAAUGCUGUCCGAGCCCUAGGCAACCUCCUCCAUUUCCUUCAGCCCUCCCACAUCACGAAUCCAAGGUUUAUCCAACCCAUUGAGGACUCCAUACAGGCCCUCGUUUCUACAGUCCGGAGCGAAGCCACCAUGAAAGUGCGCUGGAAUGCCUGUUACGCACUUGGGAACGUCUUUAAAAACGCUGCUUUGCCCCUGGGUGAGGCCCCUUGGAGCGCCCAAGCCUACAGUGCCCUCAUCUCGGCGGUCCAGACUUGCAAGAAUUUCAAAGUCCGGAUCAAAUCCGCCACCGCCCUCGCGAUCCCAUCUGAAAGGAAACGUUACGGGACCCCGGAGCAGUUCUCCCAGAUUUGGAGCGCGUUGGUGGUUGCCUUGCGACGGAGCGAGGAGUCGGAGGAUUUCCUGGAGUUCAAAUACAGCGCCAGUUUGCGGACGCAGCUCUGCCACACGCUGCUCCACUUGCUGAGCUUGGCCGAGGAGGCGGAUUUGCCGCCCCUCCGGACGUCGGUGGCCGAGCACGGAGAGACCAUCGGGUCCUACCUGUUGCAGUACAUGAAAUCGGGGGGCGAGGACGAGGAACUGGGAAUGAGCCAGGCCUUUUUGGAAAGAGACCGGACCCUGCGAAGGGCCCUGGAGCACAUCCAAGCCCUUGAGGAAGGAGGGGCUGAACGUUGCCCCAUGAAAAAGGGAAUGGUGGCUUAUCUGCAGGACAUUUUGAAAACCCACCACAGUUCCACGGAACUUGUCGAAGCUUAGGGGAAGGUCUUACCCUGUUUCCCCGAAAAUAAGACAUCCCCUGAAAAUAAGACCUAGUAGAGGUUUUGCUGAAUUGCUAAAUAUAAGGCCUCCCCUGAAAGUAAGACAUAGCCAAGUUUUUGUUUGGAAGCAUGCCCAACAAACAGAACACCAGAUCAUUCAGGAUCGGUAAAUGUACGUACCAUAGAUUGUUGUACAUGGAAAUAAUGGUAGUAACAAAAAAUUCCUGAUAGGAUUCACGGUUUGUCUGGUCAUGCUGGUGUCUGAUGACAACUACUGACAGUAUAUAAUAAUUGUUCAUUUUUUAAUUCAACAAUAAACAUGAAUGCUUCUUCAUUGAAAAAUAAGACUUCCCUGAAAAUAAGACCUAGCGCAUCUUUGGGAGCAAAAAUGAAUAUAAGACACUGCCAUAUUUUCGGGGAAACACGGUAUGUUAUUCACUCAGUGUCUAGAAUAAACAGUUUCAAAAUGGC